AUGGCCGACAGUGACGAGGCGGGAUUCCUGUACAACAGCCAGCUGGAUGCUUUCGAUCUUUACCACAUCGUCCAGGAAGAAACUAGACCGCGGCGAGCACCUCUCGGCCCCGCGUUGCCCGCGCUUGGCCAUGCAACCUCCGGCGCACUCGGUUCCGCGAUAUCGAAGCUGAUCAUCUACCCACUCGACUUGGUCAUUACACGGCUGCAAGUACAGGCCCAGUUCAAGAAUGGCGAUAGUGAAGGUGAAGGCGACGACGAUGCGGACUACAAGGACAUUGUCGAUGCGCUCAAGAAAAUCUAUGCCAAAGAGGGCGGGUUGCCGGCUUUCUACAGCGGCCUGGCGCAGGACCUGAUCAAGAGCGUGGCCGACUCAUUCCUCUUCUUCCUGGCGUACAAUUUCGUCAAGAGCAGCCGGCAAGCGCGCAAGCCGGACCCGAAGAAGGCGCUGCCCGCAUUCGAAGAGAUCGCGGUGGGCAUGGUCGCCGGCGCCUUCUCCAAGUUCUGGACGACACCCGUGCAGAACAUCGUGACGCGAAAGCAGACGGCCAGCAUGGUUGCGGCGCGGGACCGGACGAGCAGCGUCAGCCCGGAGCUCAGCGCGCGCGACAUCGCGCUGCAGAUACGGCACGAGAAGGGUGUGGGCGGCUUCUGGUCCGGCUAUUCGGCGGCGCUCAUCCUGACCCUCAACCCGGCGCUGACGUUCCUGCUGCACGAGUCACUACUGCGGGUACUGGUGCCGCGCGCAAAACGCGCGAAGCCCGGGUCGACGGUUACGUUUUUUAUCGCGGCGCUCAGCAAAGUGGUCGCGUCGACCAUCACGUAUCCGGUGUCGUUAGCGAAGACGCGCGCACAGGUGUCCGCGCAGCCGCCGACGUCAACGGCGGGAGAGGAACCGCUGCAGGAGAACCAGGGCUCGGCCGCGAAGGAGACCGAGCCGCUGCAGGAGAAGGCGGCGGCGGCAGGGUCAGCGGCUACGAGGGAAACCAAGAGGGCGGCGGCCCGCGCCACCAUCUUCGGCUCGAUCCUGGCGAUCGCACGGAAAGAGGGCACGGCGGGCCUGUAUCAAGGGUUGGGCGGCGAGGUGCUCAAGGGCUUCUUCAGUCACGGCCUGACGAUGCUGAUGAAGGAGCGCAUCCACGUCCUCGUGAUCCAGCUCUAUUACCUCAUCCUCAAGGCGCUGCGGCGGUAUCCCAGUCCGCAAGAGCUAGCGGUGCAGGCGCAGGAGGAGAUGCGUGAGGCGGUCGAGGCGGGCCGAGAGCUAGUGAGCUCAACGUCACAGAAAAUGGCGGACGCGCUCGAGAAGAAGUCCACGCAGCUAGGAGACGUUUACGGGAAAAGCGUUGAGAGAGCGGCGGAACUGGUCACACGGGAGAGCGGUAAGGCUAGCGUGAAGAGUGACAGGCCCAAGACCAAGGAGUGA